GCCCUCGAGAUUUAGGGUUUAUUCAUUCUUUUCUCCCCUUUGGAGAAAUUUGGAAAUCUAGGGCUCUAGGAAGCGAUGGGGAGAAUGAAGCCGGCAGCGCUGCUCCAGCAGAGCAAGCGCAAGAAAGGCCCGUCGCGGCUCAGCCUCCCCACCAUCAUCUCCUGCAACGUCGUCGUCGUCUUGCUCUUCCUCUCAGUCCUGGCGCUUCACAGGCACAGCCAGAGCGGCAGCAGCAGCGGCAAUCGGAGUCGCCAGGGCAUUGGUCGGAAAGAAAAAUUUGGCAUGGAUCUUCCCAAGUAUGCGUUGAUGAACACAACCAAAGGUGUCAUCGUUUUGGAGCUCUUCCGCGACGAAGUUCCCAAAACCGUGGAGAACUUCGCAGUGCAUGGGCAGCAAGGAUAUUACGACGGUGUCAAAUUCCACAGAGUUAUCAAGGAUUUCAUGAUCCAAGGUGGUGAUCCCAGCGGAGAUGGAAGAGGAGGCGAGUCCAUUUGGGGUGGAUCCUUCGAAGACGAGUUUAGACCCAACUUGAAGCACGAACCAUUCACGCUGUCCAUGGCAAACUCUGGCCCGGACUCCAAUCGCUCCCAGUUCUUCAUCACAACCGUGGAGACUCCACACCUGGACAACAAGCACACCGUGUUUGGACGCGUUGUGCGUGGCCAAGACGUUGUCAAGGAAAUAGAAGCCCAAGAAACUAACUCGGAAAAUCGACCCUUAGUUCCCGUUACCAUUCACAGUGUACGAGUCGGCAACGAUCUUGCUUAAAUUUUUUUCCUGUAUUGAUGAAUCUUACCAGCCGAGGUGGCAAACACGUGUACCUUAACCUAACACGUCAGCGUUUUACGUGGAGAAGGGAGAGCGUCACACGUCAGCGUGCGCCCUAUCCCACAUGCGAAGGCGUAGAAUUGUGCCCUAGGUAGAGUAUAUAAAUGGAGCGCUGGGUCAAAACAGCUCAUACCUUUCUCGGCCUUUUGGCUAAGAUCAAGUGUAGUAUCUGUUCUUAUCAGUUUAAUAGCUGAUAUGGGGCCACGUGCCCCAACGCUAUUAACCUAAUUUUUUGUGGGAGGAGGGCCACCGGUAGCUUGCUACCCGGCCCUCCACGUGUCGCUUUGGCCUUACACUACCGCCUUAGCCUGGCACAACCCAA